CAACCCAUGAUGGGAGCUCAAAUGGGUGCACAACCAAUGAUGGGAGCACAGCCCAUGAUGGGUAACCAACCAAUGGGAGGUCAGCCUAUGAUGGGAAAUCAACCAAUGGGAGGUCAGCCUAUGCUGGGCAACCAACCAAUGGGAGGCCAGCCUAUGAUGGGCAACCAACCAAUGGGAGGCCAACAAAUGAUGGGGAUGCAGCCUCAGUUGAACAUGUCACAACCUAUGGGUGGAAUGCAGCAGCAACAACAGGGAAGCACAUCCGGACCAACUGCAACUACACCAUCAAAGAAGGAUAUGUGGAGUGAGUCUAGCAGUAAAGUUAACAUCAGCUUAGAUGCCCUGAGUCCCGUCAACAAGUACCAGAAACAACAAUCUCCAAGCAUGAACCAACUCCAGCAGCAGCAAAGCAUGGACUACUACCAAAUGCCUGGGUAUAUGUAUUCGCAAGCACAAGGUGCAGCUCAAGGAACUCCUAACAUGUAUCCUCAUAACAUGAUGCCAGGUCAAGGUCAGAUGGGUGGUGUCCCCCAAGGUCAAGGUCAGAUGGGUGGUAUCACCCAAGGCAUGGCCCAGAUGAAUAUGGGCCAGCAGCAGCCUGGCAUGAUGCCACAGGGCAUGGGCAUGCAACAGCCAAAUAUGGGCAUGAUGGGUAUGCAGCAGCAACCAAUGGGAAUGCAGCAAAACACCAUGAGCCAACAGGCAACACUACAACAGACACAAAGGACUAACGCUGCUUUCAGUAGCUUUGGCAACUUUGGAAAGUGAAACAUUCCGUAAAUUGUUUUAGUUGAUUAAACAGAAAUAAAAUUUACUUCAAGGCCUAUAUGUGUGAUUGCAAUAUUGAAUGUUUGCCUAAGCCAGAGACAUUAAUGGAUCUUUUGACUUGGAGGAAAACAUUUAAAAAAUCUCUGUUGUCAGAGAUAGCAGUACUGAACUAAAAUAAAGCCAUACUGUAUAUACGGGGUGACCCAAAAAACCUGAACCUACAAAUCUUUGAAUAAAGGAUUAGGAUUCUGUUUUUUGGGUCACCCUGUAUUUACAGCUGUAGAGACAUAGUAGAUCUGUUUAUACUUGUGAGGUUUUAUUUUAAAAUGUGCU